GUUAACCCGCCCGCCUGCGCCCUGCCGCCCGGCGCGGGGGCUCGGCACACGGCGCCAUGGCCACCGCCAACGACAGGGCCGUCCUGCAGACCAUCUUUAACCCCAGCACCCCUUUUGGGGAUAUCCCAGGGCUGGACGAGGAGGGGGAUGACGACGCCCAGGAGGAAGGGGAAGCCUUCGCGCCGGAGCUGCUGGAGCAGGUCCGGGACCUGGAGCUGCAGGGGGUUUCCGCCGCCGAGUCGGGAGACGUCAGCGCGGCCCUGGAGAGGUUCGGCGAGGCCAUCCGCCUGCUGCCCGAGCGCGCCUCGGGCUACAACAACCGGGCGCAGGCCCUGCGGCUGCGGGGGGACGUGGCAGGUGCCCUGCGGGACCUGGACACGGCCAUCCGCCUGAGCCGGGGCCGCGGCCGCGCCGCCUGCCAGAGCUUCGUGCAGCGCGGCCUCAUCCGCCGGCUGCAAGCUCGCGAGGAGGAGGCGCGGCAGGACUUCGAGCGAGCGGCUCGGCUGGGCAGCGCCUUUGCCCGGCAGCAGCUGGUGCUGCUGAACCCCUACUCGGCGCUCUGCAACCAGAUGCUCUGCGAGAUGCUGGGGCGGCUGCGCAACCCCGGCGGCACCGGCGGCGAGUGAGGCGGGCACAUCCUGGCCCCGGGGGAAGGCCCAUCUCCCCUGGGGAAGGUCUGUCUCCGGUGCCAGAGAUGCUGUUCCUCCUCCUCCUCCUCCCGGCUGACAGCCAGAGAUGGGUAGUACCGAAGUGCCUCGCUUUGUCUCAGCUCUGCUCCACCCCUAAUAAACCUCCCUGAGUCGUGGUUUA